GAUCAUCGCAUCGAUUAUCUUGUUAAACUAUUUUUCGAACCCCGACGAUUAAACCGUCUGUUCAAAGUCGAAAGACACACGGGUGAACGAACCUUUCGAUUCUACAUAUAUAGGCCAGGGUGUACGCAUAAAUGCAGAUUUGAUUGGCGGAUAUUACCAUUUUGCGAUCUGACCCUAUGUAAUUCCUCUUAUCUCUAACACAUCCAACCGAUUCAAAUGACUCGUUUCGUUCCUAUUCAUUCGUCGUUUACAAAUUGCAAAAGAACGAAGCUUAUUCACAACUACCAUCGAACGAGAACCAAAUACCAACAAACGAAAAUGCAUCGUGUUCAUUCAGCUCUUUACCCCAGAACUUCGUCUGUUUGGUUGAUCACCGACGAAAGUUUUCGUCCUUAAUUUUAUUUCUAAGCCCACUCGCAACAACGAGAUUCGAGUUGUACAAUCGAUAGGCAGUUAUAAGAUCGUGCGUUCUGAUUUUUGAUUCGCAAUCGCGUAUUUUUGACACAUUAUCUUAACAUCAACAGAAACAAAGGGAAAGAACGAGAAAGGUUUUGUAAAAUAUUCGCGCCAAAAUACGAAUAAACGUACACCUAACAUAUCUAUUCAGCGCGCGAAUCACGCGUCAAAUAAGCAAGGGAAGCAUUUCGUGGGUCAAUACAAUUCCGGCGAAGGUAGGCGAAUAUAGCCGAACGAAUCGCCAGUAACGUUGUCUCGAGUACAGUCGCCUUUUAAAAUUAUUGACCAUUGACUUGGCCGAACGCGAGUCGUAGUAAUACUGAUACAUAUACAUGUAUAUAUAUAUAUAUACACAUAUAUUAGUCAUCGAAAGAACGAGGUCAUUCUACGAAAUUUGCACAAUGAUCGUUAACUCAAUGUCCGUCGAAAUGUCGUGUUUGUCGCGUGAUCAAUUUUCUCAUUUAACAUAACCUUUUUAACGAUUGUAUCUUUCCCGCUGCUCGCGGAUAUACAGUCAGCUGAUUUAGUAUUGACGGAAUAUAAGCCGUUCUUUUUCCAUAGAAUAACAGUCGGAUGAAAUUUGUUCGAUUUUCCACGGAUGAAACGAUUCCGACGAGCUGUUGGCGGUCGAUGACAUACACAGUACAGUCUGACCGAAUUAAUAUUGACGCAUUCUAACGCACGUUUGUUUCAGUUCUUAAAUUGAAAACAUUUCAAAGCCUAAAUAGCGAUCAUUACGUGGUUUUGCUGUGUCGCAUUUCAAAUAUUUCCUCAGAGAGAAGAAGUUUUUAAACAGCGAUGCUUCGACGAAUUUGGAAUCGCGAAAGACAAAACAAGGACAAACGAAUCUCGACAGACUGUACAGCUGAAGUUGUAUUGACUACAGCGUUUUCUUCGAGCGACUGCAUUUCGGCCAAAACGAGGUAUACAACGGAUAUCGAGAGUGAAAAUAUAAAGUGUCGUCGAUGAUCUGCAACACUGAAUGAAUGAUCUCAAUUGGAAGAAGAUAAUCAAGCACGAUACCAUGUCGAAGACAAGAAAGAAACAAUGCUUUUUAAAAUACGUUCGUAGCAGAACUUCGGUCACGAAGUACGAAUGAUACGAUGUGGAAGUUUUCGAAAUUUGAAGAUCGCGCGACAAACGAAAAGGAUAUCGCAGGAACCUAAUUAAAAUUUCGGAAAACUUUCUGAUCGAGCACUGCCAUUGUCACGUGAUCCAUCCUAUUCUUACGUCACUUUUCGCGUAAAAUUUAAAAUUUUUUGCGACACUCUUGUCGCUUGUUCUGGAUGAAACGAUUCGGUAACUUGAAACAAAAUGGGAAAAACGAGAGGAGUGCAUGAAACAACGCCGGAAUUAAGAAAUCGAAUGGUAGGAAUGUAUGAAGCAGGUUUAGGCCUGCGAGAAAUUGCAGCCGCCGUAAAUUGUUCGCAACGUACAGUAAAGAGAUGGUUAAACAGAUUCGACAAAGAAGGCACGGUGGAAACUCGAGAACGAUGUGGACGUAAGAGAGCAACAACAGCGGAACAAGACGAAGCAAUUGUUCGACUAGCCACACAGACACCGAUAACGGCAGCAAAAGCUGUACUUCCUGCUUUAGGACUUACCUGUUCUGUCGAUACUAUACGCGAAAGGUUACAUAAAGCUGGAAUUCAUAAUUGGAGUCCUUCGCGAAAAUACAUGCAAAGAAUCCCACUCGGCGAUACGGAUGGUGUUGCUAUACAACAACCUGUAUGGAGACCUACUGGAACGCAAUUAGGGAAAAAAAAGUCUUCCAGAGAUCCUAAUAAGAAUGAAAAGAAUGCUAGUAUAGCUAAAAAGAGAAAUCCACUAAGGAAAAUUAGAGCCAAAGACGUUUAUGUUGGAGAUGGAGCACCAACGGAAAGCGUAAAGUCUUCUAACGAACAACAGGCAUUUAUAUAUCAACAACAAAGUGCUUCGCAGACGCAAGCCAAUGAAAUACAAGCACCGCCUCAACCUUUACACCCUCAGACAGAUUUUGGCAAUACUCUGAGUUUAACUCAAGAAACGCAACCUAUUUAUCAGCAUCCUGGUCUGAGUAUCUCUCAGAAUUGGCCUCUAGAUCUAGUACAAGGAAGUCAUCAUUAUCCACAGGGUCAACAAAAUUCAAUAUCUCACGAACAAGUAGUUUCCUCUCAACAGCUCCAAGAGUUGCACGCACAACAGGAACGGCAACACCAUAUCCAACAAGUACAACAAACGAUCACGGAUCAGACUCAUAAUCUUGAUCAACAACAAGGGCAACUUCAAGCAGAAGUUCAGCAGCAACAACAGCAGCAUCGUGAUCACUUACAUUCUCAGUUAACUAGUCCACAAACCAGUACGAAUUUAGUUUCUGAUAAUUCUAAUACUCGUGGUUCUCAAGAUAAUAAUCAGUCUUCUAGCAUAGAAUCUAAUCAGGAUAAAGUUUCAUCGGAAGAAGGUAGCACGAGAAAUCAACUACAAAAAAGGAAAAAAAAAGGCGGGAAAGCAAAAGGGACAUUGGAAACCAGCGUUGAAAUUCGAAAUCGUAUGAUCGGCAUGUCCGAAGCUGGUUUAUCCACGUUAUCUAUCGCGCUUGCAAUCGACAGAUCGGAACGUACCGUUAAAAGAUGGUUAGAACGUUGGCAUAAAGAAGGCAACGUACAAACUAAAGAAAGAAAGGGUCGUCGACGAAUCACUACUAAAGAACAAGACGAAGCCAUUGUUGCUAUGGCUACUCAGCAACCGCUGACUGCAGCUAAACAUGUUGCGCCUGCUCUGGGUUUAAAAUGUAGCGUUGAUACAAUCAGGGAAAGGCUGCAUAAAGCCGGUAUACACAGUUGGAAGCUUGGAAAGAAACAGGGAGAAGGAAAUGCUGUACAUACUGUACACCUUUGGCAACCAAGUGGAAAUCGACCGAAUAAGCCAAAACCACCGGGCGAGAAGAAGAAAAAGUCAAGCAAUAAUAAGAAACGCGAUCAAGCAUCAAACAACACGCAGAAACGAUUAUCUACUAGAAAAAGAAAACCCGAAGCGGUUCCAGUGAAGAUGGUUUCACCACCUGCAAACAUAAUGUCGGAACAAACUACUACUUUAUCAUUCCAUAAUCCUGGAACAAUGGCAAACUAUGUUUCAGGUUCUAAUAUAAUACAACCUAUUCAUAAUAUUUCCGCUCCACCUUCUACAAUUGUUCAAUCUCAAUCGCAUCCGCCAGCAGGUCCUCCGCCAGCAUCUCAAUCGAUACAGCCAAUCAGUUCUAUGAUGCAACAAAGGCCUGACUGUCGAUUAGCACCAGCAAUUGUGACACCCGUAUCGGGUCAAGGAAAUACCGGAGUUGCCUAUCCAUCGUGUAUGGUUGGAAGUAACAGUCACACAGGACACAUGGAACAACCAGAUCCUUUAAAUUAUGAACCGUACAUUUGGAGUUUCUAAUCAUCGAUUACACGAAUAUCAUUAAAUCAUAAACUUCCAAAUCACUUUUACAGCGUAUUGUUCCAAAUUUUUUAACUUUUUAUCACAUCUUACGUUCGAUUCAAAAACUCAAAUUAUUACAUUAGCUUUACAUUUAUACUAUUUAUGAUAGUAACGUGAAGCUAAUUUGUUAAUCGUAAGUCGCAUUCGUGGAAAUAUUUCAGUAUUUUUACGAUUGCUAAAAUUUGGAAUAAAAGCCUCAAAUGGAUAUUAUCGAGUAACUAACGAUCUGUAAAAAUUGAAAUAGUAGGUAAAAUUUUAAUCGAUUAUAAUUAAUCUUUUAAUCAUCCUCAUAAAUAUAUAAGUUAAUUCAUUAGAAGUAAUUAAUUUAAUUGUUAAUAGAUACCGAACAGAAUAUGAGAUUUAUGGAAAAAAGAUUAUUUUCUCUGUAUUGUUUUUAAGAUUGGAUGUAUCAUUUAUAUGAUUAUAAAUGCAAUAUCGUAAAAUGAUGGAAAAGCUUUUUGUACCGAAUCGAAAUUGUGAAACGAAGACAUUUAAAUGUUCACUUUUAACGCAUAACGAUGUAAUCGACAUCCAUCCUUUACAUGGAUAAUAAGUUUUGAUGAAAUUCAUAUAUGAAAAAACAAUGUUAUUCUAAGUAUAAACUUUUAUAAAAUAUUUUCCUUAAAUUUAAAGUUAUUACUUAUUAUUAAGAAUUUAGUAUUAGAAAUUAUUACUUAUCAAUCAUUAUUAUUACCAGCAUCAAUUCCAUCGAUUUAAAGAAUUUUCAUGUUGAAUGAAACUAAUUGAAUCAAUUUAAGUCAACGUGAAAAAAACACGUCAGUAUUGUGUAAAUAUAUUGCGCAUAUGAUCGUAAUUAAACAGAUAUAUUGAUAAAAAUAAAAGAAAAGUUAUACAAUGUUUAUUUUGCUAUACAAUGUAUUUUAUCUUUGAAUCGUCAUUCACAAUGUGGUAAUGAAAUACGUGAAAUAAAUGACUGUAAAAGUAGAAAA